AAGAGAGGAGGAGGUGCGGAGGUGCCAACGCAUCCCUCGCUCAGGCGCACCAGCGGCUGCAGACCGGCGAGGCAGGCCCAGGAGGAGCUUAGCGCGCCUUUUCCAGAUCCAGGAACUGAUCGGAGGGCGAAAAAAAAAAAAACACCCCCAAACCGGUUUUCUUCUAGGCUUUCUCUGGAGAAUCAUUACAGCAGUUCUGAGGAUGUUUCUGCUUGGCUUGCUCUUCUUGCCGGCUCUUCUGGGCAUGGUCUUUUCAGCCCCUGCUUCAGACAGUAAGAAAAAGGAGCAACCCCAGGAGAUACUGCUAAGCUUUCCAAAGGAUGAAACUAGCCUGAAUGAAAUGCUCCAGGAAGUUGAGGAGUUGAUGGAGGAUACUCAGUACAAGCUGACCAAUGCAGUCAGAGAGAUGGAAGCAGAGGAAGGAGGCUCUAAAAAGAUAAUGGGAAUUGAAUUUCAGAAGCUUCCUGCCAAUUACCAUAAUGAAUCCUACACAGAUACAAAAGUUGGAAAUAAAACUAUACACAGACAUCAAGAAAUUGAUAAGGUAACGGAUAACAAAACUGGAUCUACUAGCUAUUCUGAGACUAUUAUUACAUCAAUACAAGAAGACAGAAAGAGAAAUCAUGAGUGCAUUAUAGACGAAGACUGUGAAAUUGGAAAAUACUGUGCAUUCUCUGAUUUGGCGUACCACUGUCACAUUUGCAAACCGCAACACGGACACUGUUCUCGGGAUGUGGAGUGUUGCGGAGAACAGCUCUGUGUAUGGGGUGAGUGCAUGCAAGCUGUCUCAAAAGGAGAAAAUGGAACAAUUUGUGAAAAUCAACAUGACUGCAAUCCAGGUUUGUGCUGUGCAUUUACAAAAGAUCUUCUGUUCCCCAUAUGCAACCCCUUCCCUGGUGAGAGAGAACCUUGCCGUAAUCCUUCAGAUGAGCUUCUCAACCUAAUUACUUGGGAGCUGCAACCAGAUGGAGCUCUUGAUCGGUGCCCAUGUGCUCAUGGGUUGAUUUGUCAGAAGCAGAGUUAUAGCAGCGACUCUCUUUGUGAAUUAUCACGGAACAAGACUCAAAGUGAGGACAAAAAACAACUACUAGCGGAUGAAUUAUCCCUUCUGGAUUUUGUAACUCAAGAUAUUCCUGGUGAAUAUGAAGAGAGACUGAUGAAAGUGCAGAAAGAACUGGAAGAUGGAGUGACUGAUCCAGAAAACUUAGCUAUGGCUAGUGACCUUUUUGGAGAGGAAAUAUAAGUCGAACAAGUUAAUUGACCACACGUACACUAUUAUCGCUGUUUCAAGAGUUAUUAUACACACAUGGUAUACCUGCACCUCUUCUCUGCUGCAUAGAAGUGCACUUAAGUCCACUUAAAUAGAUUAAUGAAAAUAGAUUAUUCUUCUAAAGCUCAAGCUAAAUACUGUAUAAUGGGUAGAGAUCUCUACCUUUUAAGUACUGUUUUGAGCUGGUUAAGAGUUAGGAUUGAAUUAAGUCAAGUGGUUUGAAUUAUGUAUUUCCUGUAUAUAUUGCUUCUUUAAAAGAGAUUCCAGCUAUUUUCUCCUUAAAAGCUCAAUGAUAUUGAAGGAUGCUAUGUACUUUGUUACCAGAACCUAUAGGAACUUGGUAUAUAUGCAUAGGAUAACUGUUUUAGUUAUAUUGAUUACACCGGAUAGAAGUGGUAGCUUCACAUCUUGGUUUGGAAUGAACAUUUCCUGAAUGACAAUAUGGCUGAAAUUGGAUGGGUUGUACUGCAAUAAAACUGAACACUCCUCAUGGCAAGACAUGUAAAACGUGUAUCUACAGGUAUUUAUAAAUAGCACUUAGACUUACAUACCACUUCACAGUGCUUUACAGCCCUCUUAAGCGAUUUAGUCAGCAUAUUGCCCCCAACAAUAUGGGCCCCAUUAAGGAUGAGUCAACCUUGAGCCCGUGAGGAUUGAACCCCAGGCGCGCUCUCUCUCUCAACACGCACACAUAAAAAGCUGAUCAUUUGAGUGUUUUAGGAUGUAUACCUUCUCCACAGUACAGGUCCAAUCAGCCAUAGCUACGUAGUUUCUUCAAAUCCUCACAGUUCCAUGAACAGGAAAAUGCAAUUAUAGAGUGGUAUUUUUUUGUUUUUUGUUUUGGAGUAUCUGAAUAUUGGAAAAGUAGAGCUUUUCUUGAUUUUCUUUUAAAUAACCAUCUUACUAUGCCAUAGAAAUAUUAUUUCCAACCCUUAUAUUUUUAGCAGCGUUGUCUAAUCCUUUAAGAUAAAUUGGAGUCCUGGUCAAAUUUUGUCUGAGUGACAGUUUCAAACAUUGUAGGAAUGAAUACUGGCCUUAUCUACAACAUCUGUCUAUAUUCUCCAAUCUUUGGUUGUUAUCACAAAGGUCUCACUAGGAACUGUAUUCAUGUUUUCUCUGAAUAUGUAUAUGCCUCAGUUCCAGAUCCCUCAUGAAUUAGAAAAGAAAUUAAACACAAACUAGUCAGAUUUUGUGCAGCACUGGCACCUGUGCAGAAUAAAUAGCAUAGCAAUAGCACUUAGACUUAUAUACAGCUUUAUAGUGCUUUACAGCCCUCUAAAUGGUUUACAGAGUCAGCAUAUUGCCCCCAACAAUUUGGCUCCUCAUUUUACCCACCUUGGAAGGCUGAGUUAACCUUGAGCCUGGUGGGAUUUGAACUGCCUAAUUGUAGGCAGCUGGCUGCAGAAGUAGCCUGCAGUACUGCACUCUAACCACUGCGCCACAGAUGCUCUUUCAUAUAUAAAGCUUCACAUAUUCAAAUACCUGUGACAUCUUUCCACAAUUAGCUGCAAGUAUUCAUGGCAAUUUAAGAUCCACCAGCAAACAAACAUUUGGAAGUCAAUUCAAAAGGCUUUUCUUCUGUCUACAUAAGAAUUUCUUGCAAAACAAUUCUGUAUUUUGACUAUUACAAUAAAAUUCAAAGUGUCAUUAAAGUAACAAUAGAAUGAACAAAUGUUUUAUUUGCAUGUUCAUGGUUGUAAACAGCAUCUGGCAUGGAAAAAUUUACCAAAAGCUUUGACUGAUAUAAAUUAGAUAGCAUUUUCGAAAAGAAAAGAAAAAGAAACCCCUCUAUGAUAUUGUUUGUAAUUGCUCUUAUGUAGCAAAUUAAAUCUCAUAUAUGCUUUGCAAUGAAAUCAUAUUUUAUGCAUCAAUCUGUACCACAUUUUGAACUACUGCAAACUAUAUUGGGAGGUGUUAAAUGAAGGGCAUUCAUUUAAAAAAAGCUACAUGUAAAAACUAUGAAUCAACUCUCAAGAAAAAAUGUGAUUUGCAAUGAUGCUAGAAAAAGCAAACUCAAAAGAAUCCCAGUCCAAAAAUGUACAAAAAUAAGUAGCUAACCAAACAAAAAGCCCUGAAACUCAUUAACAAGGAAACAUUACAAAUCUAAGUACCCAACAUUGCCCUCAAAAACAAAAGGGAUACAAAUUUAAAUAGCCAGCUAUACUCUUAAAUGUACACAGUGAAUAUCGUUAUGUGGAAAGAAAUACCAUAGUAAGCAGUUGAAAUGUAUUUCUGGUAACUCAGGAGAGCAAAACAGUAUUUACACACUGAACAGAAUAGUGACAUUGCCAUUAUUCAUAACCUAACUAAAAAUCAGUUA